UCUAUGCAGGGUCCAGCCCUUGGGCCCUCCCAUGAUGCACCUGUCUGACUCAAAGCAGUGAAGUGCUACUUCACUGCUUUCCAGGGCCACUUCCUAUGAUGUCUGUCUCUUGCCAGGUCCUUCUUCUCAGCCUCUUGCCAUCAAUCCUCUGCUGAAACCCUCCUGGGUUUUGUUCCCAGUUCCCUGUCAGGGGCACCACCUCCAGUCUCGGUUCAGAUGCCUGGUCACUGGAUAGCACCACUGCUGUUCCCAGAUCUCUCCCAGCCACUGCCCUGCCUGUCAGCUUUCUUCCUUGACUGAACACAAUAAUCUGCCUUUUAACCUGGCUCCUUCUUUCCGGCAGGCCUGGCUUCAGUCCCACAGUCUGGGCGGCAAGUCAAACCUAGAUGGGAGCCGGUCCUGAGUUCUUCCUAAAGUCCUAACUUGUCCCGUGCACAUGGCUCAUGAUUCAUGCACCACUGCAGAUAGUACCAGACCAUUCAUACCUGUUUCAAGUUGCAACAAUGAAAUUCUCUAAGACAUAGAGGAACUUCUGCAGCAGGUUUUGGGGAAGGGCAGAGCACUGACACAGAAGCAGCAAUACCCCCUAAAGCAGAUAUCCACUGGGAUUUUGUGUCCUCCACAGACAGCAGGGGCAACAGAGCCUUCAAGUUGUACCCCAUUUCUUUAGAUUUAGAAUUAAUUGAAAAUAAGGCCCACUCAAUGGCAUAUGACCAUGAUGCAGAAGACAUCCUGAAGCCUCUGGUCUUCCGCCUCCAUGAGAGCAUUCCUGAAGCAGUCCGUGAGGUCUUACUGGAAUGUGGUUGGAGUGAAUUUGAUGAACAAGAGCAAGAUGAAGCAGACUGGAAUCUGUGUUGGCAGAACUCCCCUUUCCGUAUGACUGACCACCGUAGCAUUAAACCAUGGCAGAGGCUCAAUCACUAUCCAGAAACAGUCAGGAUCACAAGGAAAGACUAUCUGGCAAGGCAUCUGAAACGCAUGAAGGGAAUUUAUGGACCGUCUCUUUAUGAGUUUAGUCCAAUGGCAUUCAUCAUGCCUAACGACUAUGUCAAGUUUAUAGCAGAAUACACUAAGGAGAGACAGUCACAGGGCAGAAAGCCAAGCUACUGGAUUUGCAAGCCUGUGGGUCUAUCUCGUGGAAGGGGCAUACUCAUCUUCCAGGACAUUAAAGACUUUGUAUAUGAUUGCAUGGUCAUUGUGCAGAAGUACAUUAGUAACCCUUUGCUUAUUUCUGGGUACAAAUGGGAUCUCCGCCUCUAUGUCUGUGUCACCAGUUUUUGCCCCCUUACCAUUUACACUUAUGAAGAAGGGCUAGUGAGGUUUGCCACUGAAAAGUUUGACCUUGGUUCUCUGGACAACAUCUAUGCCCAUCUGACAAACACCAGCAUCAAUAAAUCUGGCGCCUCAUACAAAAAAAAUAAAGAAGGGAUCGGCCGUGGCUGCAAAUGGACGUUCAGCAAAUUCCGUUCUUACCUACGCAGCCAUGAGGUGGACGACCUGCUUCUGUGGCGGAGAAUACACAACAUUGUAAUGCUGACCCUGCUCGCUAUAACCCCUUCUGUUCCACGGACGUCCAAUUGCUUUGAGCUCUUCGGGUUCGACAUUCUGAUCGAUGACACAUUCAAACCAUGGCUUUUAGAGAUAAACUACAGCCCAGCCUUGCGCCUAGACUGUUCCAUCGACAGAACAGUGAAAAAAAGACUUCUCCAUGACAUCAUUGAAUUGCUAAAUUAUAAGCAAACUGACGCCUUGAGAGAAAACAAAGGGGCUGGUACUAAAGCUUCCUAUGCUGGUAGAACACACAUCCCCUUGACGACACAGGGUGAAAAUGCAACAGAUGAUGCUCUCGAUUUCCUUGCUUCUAGGCAAGAAAGUGAAUGCACUGCCACUUCUGCAGUGCAGUCUCUCUUGGAGGUUACAGGAGGUACGUUUAAGAAGGAGGCCAUAGAGAUGGGAAAAAUGGCCAGAACACAUCCAAGGAAAACACUAACCUCACAGCUCCGGGAAAGGAUGAACAGGCCGAAAACAUCUUCGGAAUCAAAGGCAGUGUCUAAAAGUAAACAGUUGCCCGGAGCUAGACACUCUGUACAUGCAUCUGUCCAAGUCACCCAUUGGUUGCCUACUACUGAGUUAUGUAACUACACAUUAACUAUUCCUCCAUAUUUUCUCUCCUCUAAAGACAAAAGGCCCUUCCCUCGAGUAGGUGAUUUUGUCCUUAUAUUUCCUUUCAAUGAUGCUGCGCUUGAAGCCUCCAGAAAUGAAAUAGAUGUAAAAAGCAUCAUACAAGAAAUACACAAGUUAAUGAACAAACAGUUGCUCCCAGGACAGCAGAAAGUAAAGAAGAUUAUUUAACUUUCAGAUAACUUAGUAGAUGUUAGGAUAUAAGCUGCCACACAAUGAAAGAGGAAGACAAUAACCAGAUAUGAAUGGUGCUGGGCUAUUGACCCAUCUUAGCUGGUGGUUUAGUUUGAAGAUGGUGGGUAUGUGCGGAAGUCAUCUCAGAAAUAGGGAUCUUGUAAAACCACACACAAUUUGAAAAUGUCUCUUGUAAUUUAACAAUGACCCUGGGAAAUUAUUUUUUUAAAUAAAAGACUGAAUUGCAUAAUUAA